GCAUCCCCUGCGCAGGGAAGCCAGAGCCCCGGGGAGCCUGGCCACCAUGCCACGGCCUCUCCUCCUCUCCUUCCUCCUUCUCCUCACCCUCUCAGGAAUCAGGCCCCAGAAACCAGUGCUGGUGGAGGUGGAAGAGGGAGACGAUGCUGUGCUGCCCUGUUUCCAGAGUCCCCCAGACACCCACUUUGAGCAGCUGGCCUGGUAUCGGGGGAACGAGUCUAUACCCUUCUUAGAGCUGAGCCUGAGGUUACCAGGCCUGGGCAUCUGGGUGGGGCCUGCGAGCACCUUGCUUCACAUCUUCAACAUCUCAGAGAAGAUGGGAGGCUUCUACCUGUGCAAGUCAGGCCCUCCAUCCCAGGACAGCUGGCAGCCUGGCUGGACCGUGAGCGUGAAUGGCAGCGGGGAGCUGUUCCGUUGGAAUGCUUCAGACUUCGGUGAUCUAGGCUGUGGCCUAGAGAACAGGUCCUCAGGGGACCCCAGACUCUCUUCUGAUCAACCCAUCAGUUCCUUGCUGUAUGUGUGGGCAGAAGACCAUGCCAAGAUCUGGAGGACAGAGCCUGUGUGUGACCCACCAAGGGGCACACGGAACCAGAGCUUCAACCGAGACUUCACUGUGGCCCCUGGCUCUACACUCUUGCUAUCCUGUGGAGUUCCCCCUGCCCCUGUAGCCAGAGCCCCUGUCUCCUGGACCUAUGUACGCCCUGAGAAGUCUAACAUCCCAUUGCUGAACCUAAGCCUGGGGGAACAUCCCCCCACCAGAGACCUAUGGCUCCGGGGGCCUCAUCUUGUGCUUCCCCAGGUCACAGCUAAAGAUGCUGGUACUUAUUAUUGUCUUUGUGGCAGCCUGACCAAGCAGAUGCACCUGAAGGUCACAGCCCAGCCAGUAUGGCGCUGGAUGCUGAAGUCAGGUGGCUGGAUAGUUCCAGUUGUGACUCUGGUUUAUCUCUUUAUGUGCCUGAGUUCUCUGGUGGCUUUUCUUCAUCUUCAAAGAGUCCUGAUCCAGAGAAGGAAGAUAAAACGAAUGACUGACCCCACCAGGAGAUUCUACAAAGUGACACCUCCCCCGGGAAAUGGGACUCAGAAUCAGUAUGGGAACGUGCUGUCCCUUCCCACUCUAGGCUCUGGCCCAGGACGCGUCCAGCGUUGGGCCGCAAGCCUGGGGGGCGUCACCGGAUCUUAUGGAAACCCCAGCAGUGACACUCAGGAGGCUGGUACCAGGGAGUCCCGAAACCUCCCUGAAGCGGAACUGGAAGAAGAGGAAGGGGAAGCCUACGAGGAGCCAGACAGUGAGGAGGCCUAUGAGAAUGACUCCAACCUCGGGGGACAGGACCAGAUCUCCCAGGAUGGCAGCGGCUAUGAGAACCCUGAGGAGGAGCCCUUAGGUCCUGAGGAUGAGGACUCCUUCUCCAAUGUCGAUUCCUAUGAGAAUGCAGAUGAAGAGCUGGUCCAGCCAGUCACCAGGACGGCAAACCUCCUGAGCCCCCACGGGUCUGCCUGGAACCCCAGCAGAGAUGCGACUUCCCUUGGGUCACAGUCCUAUGAGGACAUGAGAGGAAUCCUGUAUGCAGCCCCCCAGCUCCGCUUGCUUCGGCCUGGUCCUAACCAUGAGGAAGAUGCAGAUUCUUAUGAGAACAUGGAUAAUCCCACCGGACCAGAACCAGCGUGGGGAGGAGGGGGUCACAUGGGGGCCUGGAGUAACAGAUUCAUACCUGACUCUGAGAUCUGGUGAGCCUAAACUGAUGGUGUCAACAUCUGAGCCGCAGUGCUUCUGUGUGUGUGUGCUCCAGCAAGUGGAACUUCCUUCCCCCCUCUUUUGCUUUCCCCAAAUAAACUCAGUGAGAUCCUCUAAA